CCUUUCAUACUCUAUUUACUUGUAAUUUAUGCACAUGCCCAUGGUCAGUAAACAAAAUCGCGAUGUGUUGAAUAAUUCUGUAAUUGGUGAUGUUCCAAAUAAAUGUGAACAACUAUUAAAGUUCUGUUGAGGUAAGCAGCAUUUUCUGCCAAAUUGGGUUAUAUAAUUAUUAUUUCAAUAACAUCGACGCGUGUGACCCCUAGGCGCUAAGAGUCGUGAGAUAUCAUCCUAUUAAUUUGUACCAGAAUACCUGAGAUUAAUGUAAUACACCAUGUUUUUAAAGCACAGCAUAAACUUCAUUGGUCAUAAUUAUUUAUGGACAAUGAAACUGAAUCUGAUUAGCCACCACAUGCGUCAUCCUGAUUCCUGACCCUGCAUUUAGGAACACAAAGAACACAAAAACGGAGAAUUGUUACGCUUGACAUGUCAAUACAUUUUUUAUACAAAAGCAUGAAUGAUCUUUGGGGAUUAACUUUUUAUCUCUAUCGAACUUGGAUCUUGAUUGAGAAUCUGAUCGAUAAAUAUACAAGCUCAAAUUUUAACGCGACAUGAUAAAUUUUGUCACCUCCGUGAUAGUCUGCAUAUUGUACCACCACUGUGUAAAAUAAAGUACAGCUUUUCUGUACAGUGCUGAACGACAAAAAAGUUUGACAUAUAAAUAUAAUAAGUGUCCCCAAAACCAUUAAAAUGCAAGGUGUAUAUUAUAAAAAAAUCAUUGCUAACCUCGCGACGGUUAAUUUGUUUAUUGUCCAGAUUUUGUGUGCAUCAACUCGUACAAAUUCGGCAAAUUCAGAAGAUAUAAUCAUCACCGACCUUACUGAAUUUGAAUCCUGGUGGGUGAUAAAUUAUGGCAUUUUCACAAACAUUCUACCACCAGAAAUACCCACCAGUGCGAAUGCCUGGUAUAUACAUUUCGAGAAUAGCCCUACGACAUUUAAUGUCACAUUUUCAAUUACCGACAAUUCGUGCUACACUACCAGUGCAUCCAUCGAGUUUAAGUAUUACAGCUACAACUCGGCAGCGACCGUGUUUCCUGUAGACCACGCGAGUGGAGAUCCAUUUUUCCACUUGCCAAUUUCUUCCAACAGUGAUCAGUGGACCACUAGUGAAACUUUGUCCAUCACCUUCGUCGGUGAGCACAAUAACCAAAUAACAGUCGUAGGAGAAAUUUUGGAAACAGGGUACUUUGCAUUUGAUGAAAUAGUGAUCAGAAUUGACGGAGCUACAACUGGCUGCACCACGCUAACAACAGAAGCUACAACAACAGAACCAGUAACUGAGGAUACAACAGGAACUACGGAAAACACCGAGACGCCGGAGGAAGACAUUACCUUGACCAUCACGACAGUGGAGACAACUACACAAACGGAGACGGUCACGGAUGCAUCCACUACCACAGAGUUUGUAACAUUUCAACCAACUGUAACAUCCACUAUAGAGAUACCAGCUACUGAGGAGCCUGAAGUUUCAACAGAUCCUUCUUUCACUACACAAGAUACCACAACUGUCAGCACAGUAACUGCAGAGAGUACAACAUUAGAAACAACAACUCAAGACGAUGUCACAACAGAUUUCACAACGGAUUCAACCACGCCAGAGUCAACCUCAAAUUCGAGUCCAUCCAGUGAUUUUACAACGGAAGCCUCGCCAUCCACUGGAACCGAAGAUCACACGUCUGAAUCAUCCCCCACAACACCGAACUUAUCAAGUACUAGUUUCACGACCACAAUUCCGGACAUUACGACGACGAUAACUACAACCAGAACGACGGAUAUAAGUUCGACAAGACCAUCACCACGACCUACCACAACACAAGCUGGCUCCACGUUUUCUCCAGUGACAUCACCCACAAAUCCGCCAUUUAUUACCACCACCAGACGCAUGAUCCCACAAGAGGGGUUGACCACACAGGAAGUGAUUCUGUACAUUGUUGUUCCUACCCUGGCGUUAGUGGCAAUACUCGCCAUUGGAUUUUCUUUCCUCUACUUGACUCAGUGUGGGAGUAGAAUGUUUUCCAGAAAAGGUUUUCUAGGGAAGUCGUCACAUUUGGUGACGCAUGGUGCUAAUAAUGGCGCAAAUGCUCGAUACCCGGUUGGGGGACACGCAAUUCAUAAUUCUCCAUCUUCAGUUUAUGAAUAUCCAAGAGUUCAGACGGAUCAAGGAAACACAUCUCACAACAUAAUGAGGAGGUUUCCAAUUUCAGUACAACCUCAGUAAUAUUAUCCUUCUGACGUUAGUCUAGUCAUACAGUGAGUGACACAACUUUUAACAAAUAUGAGUAAUCUUGUGUUCAAAUAAAAAUGCCAGAAAUAUCUAAGAUAAAAGCCAAUAAUUUUGAUAAUUUAA